CGCACUGCCUUCCACCCGCCUGUGGUCCUACUAGCCGGCCUUCCUUUUCCGCUAGGGAGGCCGGCACGCGCGACUGCGCACUGCCCACGUAUUACACACCUGUCUACGUCAAGCCCGACUCUCCAGGGCUGGCAACCCGCGUAGCGAGGGCCCUUGGGCCAGAGCAUGCGCGGUCAUUGGAACGCCCUGUCCGGCGCCGGGGGCUGGCCUUGGGAACACUUGUACGUUCUCAGCCAGCUCCCGCGGUCGCCGCUCGCUCCGCGGGGCGGGACUUCCGGUAUCCCCCAUAGCACUUCCGCCCGCGGCCGGAAGCUCUGCUGCCCUCCGCUGUCAAGGGGCAGCCGCCGAGACCACCAGCUGCUGCUGGCAGAUCUCACAUUUUGGAUUCUGGCUGUCUUAUAAUGAGUGACACUUUGACAUUAGAUGUCAUUGGUCAAAGAGUUGAAGUAAAUGGAGAAUAUGCAACAGUGCGUUUUUCUGGCGUUGUCCCUCCUGUGGCAGGACUCUGGUUAGGAGUGGAGUGGGACAAUCCAGAGAGAGGAAAGCAUGAUGGGAGCCAUGAAGGGAUUGUGUACUUUAAAUGCAGGCACCCAACGGGAGGAUCCUUUAUUCGUCCAAAUAAGGUAAAUUUUGGAGUGGACUUUCUUACUGCAGUUAAGAACCGCUAUGCAUUAGAAGAUGGACCAGACGACCAUGGGAAAGAGCAAAUUAUUACAAUUGGGAAGAAACCUGUGGAGACCAUUGGUUUUGACUCUGUGAUCAAACAGCAGAGUCAUCUGAACAACUUGCAAGAGAUUUCUCUAAGGAACUGUGCAGUAAGUUGUGCUGGUGAAAAAGGAGGAAUUGCCAGAACAUGUCCUAAUAUUACAAGAGUAGAUGUGUCAAAAAACCUGUUGUCAUCAUGGGAUGAAGUGAUUCGUAUUGCUGAUCAACUCAAAAACCUGGUGGUUCUUGAUCUCAGUGAAAACAAGCUGCAGUUUCCCUCUGGCUCACCAGUGCUAACUGGAACGUUUUCUACAUUGAAGGUAUUAGUUCUCAAUCAAACAGGAAUUACGUGGGCUGAGGUGCUGCAGUGUGCCCCCGGGUGGCCAGUCCUUGAGGAGCUGUAUCUGGACUACAACAACAUCUUCAUUUCCGAAAGGCCCAGUAAUGUUCUACAGACGCUCAAGCUGUUAGACCUUUCCUCUAACCCAUUAAUUGAUGAAAACCAGCUGUUCCUGAUAGCCUAUCUGCCCAGAUUAGAACAGCUAAUCCUUUCUGACACUGGAAUUUCUUCUAUACAUUUUCCGGAUGCUGGAAUUGGGUGCAAAACAUCCAUGUUCCCGUCCCUGCAGUACCUUGUAGUAAAUGACAAUCGGAUAUCACAAUGGUCAUUCAUCAAUGAGCUAAAUAAAUUACAGAGCUUGCGUGCUCUGUCCUGUCUAAGGAACCCCCUGACUGAAGGAAGCAAGGAAGCACAGACCACUCGACAGCUCAUUAUUGCCAAAAUUGGUCAGCUGAAGACCCUGAACAAAUGUGAGAUUCUUCCAGAGGAACGGCGAGGAGCUGAGCUUGAUUACCGAAAAGUUUUUGGAAAUGAGUGGAAAAAGGCUGGUGGACAUCAGGAUCCAGAGAAAAACAGACCAAAUGAAGAAUUUCUUGCAGCCCAUCCUAGAUACCAGCUCCUAUGCCACAAAUAUGGUGCACCUGAGGACGGAGAACUCAAAGUACAACAACCAUUUAUGCUGAAAAACCAACUACUGAUCCUUCCUUCUUUCCUUAAAGCACUGAAGAUAAAAUAUCCAAACCAACUUGAACAGAAGGUCUUAGAGAAGCAACUGCCAGGCUCCAUGACCAUUCAAAAGGUGAAGGCAUUCCUGUCACGUCUUCUCAAAGUUCCUGUGUCAGAACUUCUGCUGUCCUAUGAAAGUCCCAAGAUGCCGGGCAGAGAAAUUGAACUAGGAAAUGACCUACAGUCAUUACAGUUUUAUUCUGUGGAAAAUGGAGAUUGUCUACUAGUGAGAUGGUAACAAUCAGCUUUAAAAAUUUAGUGACUUGACUGUUCAUCGUGACUGAGGUUCGCUGGGAAGAAAUGAUUUGCUGGAACAGUUCUACUGUCAAAUGAGGUUUUACAGCUUGCUCAAAGGAUGUACUUUUCACCAGGAAGAGACCAUUUGUAGGCUUGUACAUAAUAGCAGUAAUAAAGGCUUUGACUACUCAUGA